UUUAUUUGAUUGUUUUACUUAGUUCUUAGCUGUAGCAAUUAGCAAAGCUACCUUCUUUCGAAGAUCUACAAUAUUUUCUCUCUCCUUUGUUUCUAUAUUAUAUUUAUAUUUAUAUUUAUAUUUAUAUUUAAUCCAGUUUUUAUUGCUCUGUUAUUUACAUAAUAUUCUUGGAGUUGGAUCGGAAUUUAUUGAAUAAGAAGCCACCACACGUAAAGCUUGAGAAAAUUCAUUUUUCUCUUUGAUUCCUGGAAGAGUGUGAUGGCGAGUCGACUAAAGGAAGAUGAGAAAAAUGAGCGAAUAAUUCGGGCUCUUCUCAAACAAUCAGAGAAUCGUAGAUGUAUUAACUGCAACAGUUUGGGGCCUCAAUAUGUUUGCACAAGUUUCUGGACAUUUGUUUGCACCACCUGCAGUGGAAUACAUCGGGAGUUCACACACAGAGUUAAAUCAGUAUCUAUGGCUAAAUUUACUUCUCAAGAAGUUAGUGCUCUUCAAGAAGGGGGAAAUCAGCGUGCAAAAGAAAUCUAUUUUAAAGAAUGGGAUCCACAGCGUAAUUCUGUCCCUGACAGGAGCAAUGUUGAGAGGCUCCGUGACUUCAUUAAGCAUGUCUAUGUGGAUAGAAGAUAUAGUGGUGGGAGAAACUAUGACAAGCCUCCUAGAGGAAAGAUGGGUGACAAGGAAGACUUUUAUGAGAAUAGGAGGACAGAUGGAUAUCAAGGAGGGUCCAGAACUCCACCAUAUGAAGAUACAUAUGAACGCCGUUUCAGUGAAAGGUCCAGUCCAGGAGGAAGAAAUGAUGACAGAAAUUCCAGAUAUGGUUAUGAUGAAAGAAGCCCUGGAUAUGAUCAAGAAAGUCGACAAUAUAGUGACUACAGAAGUCCUGGUCGCCAUGAAGUUGUCAAUGACUGGCGCCGAGAAGAUAGAUUUGCUAAUGGGAGGAAACCUGAAGAUCAUAGAGUAUCUGAUGGAGAUCCAAAGUUGGAAGGUAGGUCACCUGAGCGACCAAAAGAUCUAGAGUCGUCCGGUCCCCCAGUGGCUCGUCCUGUUAGAGAAAUUUUGGGUGAAAAUGUAGUCUCCCUUCGUAUAAGUGAGCCUCCAAAAGUAAAUGGCAGCAGAACUAUUGAUGGCCCUCAAACACAGAGAACUGCAUCUUCUAGCAGCUUAGGAUCUACAGGCAGGAAUCCAGCAGAAGUUCAGCUGGAGAUGACUGGGAGCUUAAUUGAUUUUGAUGCUGAUCCAGAACCUCCUGUUGCUUCCACAGUUACUCAGGCACCACAAACAACUGAGACUCAAUCUGUUGUACAGACAAUAAGUUCUAGCAAUGACCAAAACUGGGCCUCUUUUGAUUUUGCUUCUCAGAAAAAUGUUUCUCAGGCUCGUUCAAAUAUGAACACCCUGGACUCCGUUCUUUCUCAAUUGUCCGUUCCAGCAUCUGUACCUGGUGAUCAAUCAGGAGUUUAUAGCAGUGGCGGUGGACAAAUACCUGCUUCUAUGGCCAAUGUGAAUGGAACACCUCUUGGCAUCAACACCAAUAUUGCAUUCACAGGGCAGAUCGAAAUGUCACCCUUUGGUACUGCUGCUCCUGCAGCUGCACCAGUUAGCAAUUUCACAACACUGCCUUCUACUGGUGCUUUGGCAGCUGCCCCUGGAUUGAUGCCUGUCAACGGUGGUAGUUCCCAGGUUGGUGGUUAUAAUGCUGAACAACAGCCUAAUAUGCAGCAGCAGCAACAGACUUCUUUUUUCUCUGCAGCUGGUGGUCAGUGUACUACCCAACAAUUUAUUCCACCUGUUGAUGGAGCUUCAACCAAUCAGCCAUGGAACUUUGCUCCUUCACAGCAUAUGCUGGGGCCUUUGAGUGCAUCAGUUGCACAAAUACCUCAAGCUGUCUCAAAACCUACCCAAGAUGCCACUUCUACAGUUGCAUCAAAGCCGCCUAUAGAAACAAAAGAAAGUGGAAGAAAGGAACUACCUCCGGAUCUAUUUGCUUCAAACUAUCCUUCCUAUACUGCUGCUGCACCAGGGUGGCAAACUGGCCCACCACAUGGGAUGGGUUUGACGAUGCAAUAUAAUACUGCAGUGCCAAUGUCUUCAUUUCCACAGUCAUCAAGGUCAAUAAACCCAUUUGAUCUUGGCAGUGAAGCACCUGCAGUUCAAACUCAAACAUUUCCAUCAAUGGCUUCCUUACAAGGUGCACUACCAAAUAUGUCACCUCCUUCUGGCCCAGUGCGUACUUCUGGCCUUGGUACUCCAUCACCAGCAUGGAUGUCACCUCAGUCUUUACCUUAUGCAUCAGGGAUGUUAUUGCAGUUACCUUAUGCAUCAUCAGUGGCACAACGGCCGUACCAAGGAGCACAGUUACCUAAUAGCUUGCCACCUUCCAGCCAUCAAAUUGGCGGCAUCGGCAGUGAAGUGUCUUUUAGUUUCGUAAAUACCAAUCAACAGGUGGCUGGUAGAUUGGCAGCACCAGCUGCCCCACAUCCAUUCUCUUCUGUUGGGGGUAACCCGUUUGGCUAAGCAUCCCCUUGCUGCCUGUAAAAUUGAUGGAAAGUUUUGGUUUUAAAGUUGGAAUCAUCCAAGCCCUGUAUAAGUUUUUCAAUAUUUUUCAUUUCGGAGUUCAAGGAUUUGAUGUCGGUAUUGGCAAUUUAUAGUUAGUUUGAAGCUCAUAACGGAAAAGCGAGGUGCAAAGCUCAAAUGUAGCGAUGGUAUUGCAGCUAAGUUUGUGGGGAUCUAUUUUACUUUUUUAAAUUCUUUUGUGCAGAUAUGAUGUUUUAUUCUAGUUGUGAUCAAAGUGAUCUGUGCGUUUGCCUACAAA